CAUUUCCUCUCUUUCUCCUCUCUUCUCUUCUUCUGCAACAACUAAAGUUCACUAUUUCUCUCCAUCUUCACUCCACCAUCUAUCGUCGACUCUAACAUGGGUACUCCGUUUCUUCUCAUCUUUCUCAUCUCAUUUCUUCUUCUUUGUAGCCUCUCCUUUCAAACAACUGUGGAUAACCAAUCUCAUUUCUUCACUCUCAUGAAACACUCACUCUCGGGAAAAUCAUUGUCUCGUUGGGACGUCUUCAUUCCGGGCGAAAAACCUUAUUGUAAUUACACCGGAAUCAGCUGCAACGAUGAAGGGUAUGUCAUAAAGGUCGAUGUCUCAGGAUGGUCACUGAGUGGUCAAUUUCCAGCCAACGUCUGCAACUACUUGCCAAAAUUGCAUAUUCUCCGCCUCAGCCACAACGAUCUCCGGGGUAGCUUUCCGGUUGGCAUCAGUAACUGCUCUCUAUUAGAAGAACUUAAUAUGACAAGCUCGUCCAUCACGGGAACACUGCCGGAUCUUUCGCCCAUGAAAUCACUUCGGAUUCUUGACCUGUCAUACAACCUCUUCACCGGGGAUUUCCCCAUGUCUGUCACUAAUCUCACCAAUCUAGAGUGGCUGAAUUUCAUUGAGAAUGCCUGUUUCAAUUCGUGGCAGCUGCCGGAUGAUUUCUCUCGACUGACAAAGCUUAGAACCUUGAUCCUGUCUACAUGCAUGGUGCAUGGCCGGAUCCCAGCAUCAAUUGGAAACAUGACCUCACUCGUUGACCUCGAACUGAGCGGGAAUUUCCUUGUUGGUCAGAUUCCCCCAGAGAUCGGGAAACUGAAGAAUUUGCGACAGCUGGAGCUUUACUAUAACCAGCUCGAAGGUGAAAUUCCUAACGAGCUCGGAAAUCUAACGCAGCUCAUUGAUUUGGACAUUUCUGUUAAUCGACUUACGGGAACAAUACCGGAGUCUCUCUGCAAACUUCCUAAUCUCCGCGUGCUGCAGCUCUACAACAACAGCCUCACCGGAGAAAUCCCGAGCGCAGUUGGGAACUCGACCACUUUGAACAUAUUGUCUCUCUAUGACAAUUUCCUUACAGGAAAAGUGCCCUCAAAUCUCGGGGAGUCAUCGGAGUUGGUUGCGUUAGACUUGUCUGAAAAUCGCCUAUCUGGGAGUUUUCCACCAAAUGUUUGCAAGGGAGGUAAAUUGCUAUACUUUCUUGUUUUACAAAAUCUGUUCACUGGUGGUUUGCCUGAGAGUUAUGGAAAAUGCACGUCACUUCUCCGAUUUCGAGUUAGUUAUAACCGUUUGGAAGGCUCCAUCCCAGAAGACAUUCUUGGUCUUCCCCAUAUUUCGAUCCUUGACCUGGGUUUUAAUUGUUUCAGUGGUGCAAUUGCGAAAACAAUUGGAAAUGCUAAGAACUUAUCGGAGUUGUUCAUACAGAAUAACAGGAUUUCAGGUGUCAUCCCACCUCAAAUUUCUCAAGCUAGUAACCUGGUAAAGAUUGAUCUUAGCAAUAAUCUCCUUUCUGGUGCCAUCCCCCAAGAAAUUGGCAACCUCUGGAAGUUGAACCUAUUGCUCCUGCAAGGUAAUAAACUAAGGUCAUCCAUUCCCAAAUCACUUUCUUCUUUGAAAUCUCUAAAUCUUCUUGAUCUGUCCAACAACCUCUUGACGGGGAGUAUCCCAGAAAGCAUCUGUGGAUUGCUCCCCAAUUCAAUAAACUUUUCAAACAACCAUCUCUCGGGUCCGGUUCCUCCCUCAUUGAUAAAAGGAGGUUUGGUAGAAAGCCUUUCAGGAAACCCCGGACUUUGUCUCUCAGUAUAUCUUAAUUCAUCUGAUUCAAAAUUCCCUCUCUGUCCGCAAAUUUAUACCCGAAAGAAGCUUAACUAUUACUGGGUUAUUGGGACGUCGGGGAUAGUGGUAAUUGUUGGGACAGUAUUGUUCCUCAAACGUUUGCUUAGCAAGGAGAGAGAAUUGAUGGAACAGGAUGAGCUGUCGCGUUUGUCCUUCUCCCAUGUCCAGAACUUCCAUAUAAUCAGCUUUGACGAACGCGAGAUCGUUGAAUCCUUAGUUGACAAGAACAUUGUGGGACACGGAGGAUCGGGCACUGUGUACAGGAUUGAGUUGAGCAGCGGAGAGACAGUUGCAGUGAAGAAACUAUGGAGUCGAAAAACCAAGGAUCCAACAUCAGAGGAUCAGUUGAUCCAAGAUAAGGAGCUUAAGACCGAAGUUGAGACCCUUGGGAGUAUCAGGCACAAGAACAUCGUCAAAUUGUACUGCUACUUGUCGAGCUCAAAUUUAAAUUUAUUGGUCUAUGAAUACAUGCCGAAAGGAAACCUGUGGGAAGCACUCCACAGAGGACGAAGCCUUUUGGAUUGGCCCACUCGGCACCGGAUAGCGCUCGAAGUCGCACAGGGACUGGCCUACCUCCACCAUGAUCUAUUGCCGCCAAUCGUUCACAGAGAUAUCAAGUCAACAAACAUUCUACUAAACGCAGAUUACCAGCCUAAGGUAGCUGACUUCGGGGUUGCCAAGGUGCUGCUAGCAAGAGGAAGCAAGGAUUCCUCAACCACUGUUAUUGCAGGAACUUAUGGGUACAUGGCCCCAGAGUAUGCAUAUUCAUCCAAGGCAACAGUCAAGUGUGAUGUCUAUAGCUUCGGUGUAGUACUCAUGGAACUGGUAACUGGGAAGCAACCGAUAGAAGCAGAGUUCGGAGAGAACAAGAACAUCAUUUACUGGGUGUCAAGCAAAGUGGAGACCAAGCAAGGAGCUGUGGAGGUCUUAGACAAGCGACUACUGGGGCUAUUCAAGGAGGAGAUGAUACAAGUUCUUCGGAUUUCCAUCCGUUGUACCUGUAAGGCCCCGUCUCUCCGUCCCACCAUGAACGAGGUUGUUCAAUUGCUUGUUGAGGCAGAUCCUUGCAGGUCAUCAAACAAGAUAAAGCAAUCAUCAUAUCUCAUUAAAACUAAGAACGAUGCAUGAUAGGGUUUAAGUAAUUAAAAGCGACGUCGCAAGAUUUGUAGAACAGUAUAUAUCCAUCCCUUUUUCUUUAUUGAAUUAUUGAGUCUCUCAAAAGAAAAUGUAGUACGUACGUAAGACGGAGGUUUUGUGAUUUGUAUAAUUGUAUUCUCUUCUUUUUCUUUUCUGGGUUUAUUUGUUUUGUUUUAUAUGAGGAGUUGAUAGAAUCAUAGAAUUUCUGC